AGUGAAAAGUUCAAGAUUAUCCAGCAAGAGAGACUUGAUCAGCUUAAGGAAGAGCACAAGGAAUCUGUAAAAUCUAAAAGUGACAGAGUAAAAGAGCUCUCAAAGGAGACAAAUCGCAGGAGAAAGUAAGCAAUAGUACUUGAGGAAAAAAUAUCUUUUAAUCAUUAUUUCAAAUCAAGCAUGUUUUAAACUUUUUUCAUGCUUUUAAAAAAUUAAUGCAGUUGUUUUAUCUUAUUAUUGAUUUGGCUUAGGUUAAAAAAAGGUGAAGAGACUGUCAUUAUGCUUAAAGCCUUCACACACUCACUGACUUUUAUCACAGUCCUCACUAUUGAUUGUUUGGAAAUAUAUUUUUUGUGUAAACAAAUGCACUGCCAGUUUUUCAGUAUAAGAGAGUGAUAAGCACCUUUAUAGUGCAUGCCUCUUAUAUGUGAUGAUUGCAUAGCUAAAAAGUUAGGAUGUAUUCAAACAAUAAACAAGCAAUCCUUUUCCAGUCAAUGGAUCGACGCCAAAAAGCAUUUAUCAGAGGAUCACAUUGUGCUCACUUCCCAAGACCGAGCCAGUUGAGACUACUUAAAAUCAACUGCUCUUCGGUUGACUGAUGAUGAUGAUGAUGAUGAUGAUGAUGAUGAUGAUGAUGAUGAUUGUAUCAAAUUUUUUCCCUUAUGGUAGAGCCCUUGAAGAAAGAAAAAAAGAACAACAAGAAAAUGAAGAAAAGACAAGAGAAGAGCUAUUAGCUAAGAGAAAACAGGAACAGCAAGAGGCGACACAGCGAUUCCAGAAGGACACCUUGCAAAAGAAAAAACCUACACAAAACACUACAGAUGGAUCAGAUAAAGGUACAAUUCAUUAAUUUUUAUUUUUUCUUCUUCCCCUUAUUUUCUUUAUGAAAUGUUGGCGACAGCCAUUUGGACCAGGAAUCCAAGACUGUCUUGGAUUCCGGAUUCUAGGUACUGGAUUCCAGUCUUUGUCAGUGGAACUUGAAUUCUGGAUUCCAAUGGCUAGUGGGAUUCCGGAUUCCUUGAGCUUUAUUCCGGAUUUUAAAUCCCAGGACUCUGAAUUCCACUAGCAAGAAUUUCCCGUGUUCCAGAAUCCGGAUUCCCUUCCCUGGGCCAUCAGGUUCUUCAAUAUGACUCAUUUACAAUUUUCCUCACUUACACUGCCACUUUGGCAUGUACUGGCAAACUUCAUUUAUAAUUCUUCACAAGAAUGCCCUUACUAUUUUAAUUGAACACACUGUAAUGCAUUCACUUCAGUGAUUUAGACAAACAGCUAUAUUGUGAAAUCACAAAAAACAAUAUAGGUUUGUUGAUAGUGGAAAGUGCACAUAGCUUAUUCAGCUAGUUUACGGGCACUUCAUUCCUCAGCAAUAAUUAGAAAAAAUAAUUCAGAUAUAAUGUAACUGGAAUAAAAACGUCAACUGGCAGAAGGCAAUAAGUUGGCUGUAUUUACAAGAGUGACAGAGGUUUGUACUCGGGACAACUGAAAACAAAUCCAGCAGAUGGCCAGAGGGGGAUUCUAACCCAGAACCAUCGGAUUGCUAGUCUGGCGUCCUGAUGUCAGACUUGUCUACCUCAUAAGACCACUCAAACAAAUGUGAAUACAUGAUUAACACUGAAAGUAGAGUGACAAAUAUAAAUAUACUUAAGAGUUGGUGACAUGUCAUGGCAUUAUAAAGGAAAUAACCAUGUUAGACCUAGAAAUGAUUUUUUUUCCUAGUAGGGAGAUACCAGGUCAUUGACUUAAUUGACUGUUUUUAAAUCCCCUAUAAUACAUCCUGUUAUGCCCCAGAUUUGUUUUUUACAUGUAUCUCAGUUUUAGAACUUUUUCUUCUUCGAAGUUUCCCUUUGUUUCAUUUUGUUUACCUCUUUGCUUCCUUUGUUUUACAUCAACCGUGCUUUUUACACUGAGAAUGAUUUGAAAUUUUGCAUAAGUUAUUGUUUUCAAAUGCAGCCCUUGCAGGAGCAUUUAAUUACUGGAUUCCAGUCUUUGUCAGUGGAACUUGAAUUCUGGAUUCCAAUGGCUAGUGGGAUUCCGGAUUCCUUGAGCUUUAUUCCGGAUUUUAAAUCCCAGGACUCUGAAUUCCACUAGCAAGAAUUUCCCGUCUUCCAGAAUCUGGAUUCCCUUCCCUGGGCCAUCAGGUUCUUCAAUAUGACUCAUUUACAAUUUUCCUCACUUACACUGCCACUUUGACAUGUACUGGCAAACUUCAUUUAUAAUUCUUCACAAGAAUGCCCUUACUAUUUUAAUUGAACACACUGUAAUGCAUUCACUUCAAUAAUUUAGACAAACAGCUAUAUUGUGAAAUCACAAAAAACAAUAUAGGUUUGUUGAUAGUGGAAUGUGCACAUAGCUUAUUCAGCUAGUUUACAGGCACUUCAUUCCCCAGCAAUAAUUAGAAAAAAUAAUUCAGAUAUAAUGUAACAGGAAUAAAAACGUCAACUGGCAGAAGGCAAUAAGUUGGCUGUAUUUACAAGAGUGACAGAGGUUUCUACUCGGGACAACUGAAAACAAAUCCAGCAGAUGGCCAGAGGGGGAUUCUAACCCAGAACCAUCGGAUUGCUAGUCUGGCGUCCUGAUGUCAGACUUGUCUACCUCGUAAGACCACUCAAACAAAUAUGAAUACAUGAUUAACACUGAAAGUAGAGUGACAAAUAUAAAUAUACUGAAGAGUCGGUGACAUGUCAUGGCAUUAUAAAGGAAAUAACCAUGUUAGACCUAGAAAUGAUUUUUUUUCUUAGUAGGGAGAUACCAGGUCAUUGACUUAAUUGACUGUUUUUAAAUCCCCUAUAAUACAUCCUGUUAUGCCCCAGAUUUGUUUUUUACAUGUACCUCGGUUUUAGAACUUUUUCCUUGUUUUGUAUCAGAAGUUUCCCUUGGUUUCAUUUUGUUUACCUCUUUGCUUCCUUUGUUUUACAUCAACCGUGCUUUUUACACUGAGAAUGAUUUGAAAUUUUGCAUAAGUUAUUGUUUUCAAAUGCAGCCCUUGCAGGAGCAUUUAAUGACAUUAGUUGAGGGAAGCAAAAAGAGCUUAUUGUGGGAAAUUUCGAAAUCGAGAAUAAACCAGAAAAGUUGCCGCACAUACAUUAUGUUGACUUUUUGUUUCUUUCUAUUUCUGGUGAUAGUUUGAUGUUAUCAGUAAAGUUGUUCAGCUUCAAUAUCGUAGUUUGACACAGAUCAUUUUUAAAAUGAGCCAAUUAAAAAUGCCACGUGGGACAUGUGACCCACUUUGACUAAUUUCUAGAUUGAACACUGUAUACUUAAGACUGUCAUUCGUAGGGAAAGAUUUGCAUUUAUUACAUGCAAAUCUUCACCUAAGAAAGACAAUCUUUAGUAUUUUGAUCUGCUGAGUCAUCAUUUUCAUGAUAUAUGGCCACCCCACCAAUAUGGCGAAAUUCUUUUAGCCCAUAUAAUUAUAUAAGUGGCUCUUCUAACAGGUCCUUGUAAGCCAUAGAUGAAUAAUUAAGCUGAAACUGAUGUUCUAUUUUUUCAGAGCCAGUUGCUGUGCGAGAUGGCCGCUAUGUAGUGAGAGGUCACGUGGUGGAAGUGAGAGAUGGGAAGCAGGUGGCACGUGCCACAUUACAGGACACCCAACUUAGGCAACAGCAGGGUGGAGUAGAACUACAGUCUUGGAGAAGUGAAAUGCUACNGGUGACAUGUCAUGGCAUUAUAAAGGAAAUAACCAUGUUAGACCUAGAAAUGAUUUUUUUUCUUAGUAGGGAGAUACCAGGUCAUUGACUUAAUUGACUGUUUUUAAAUCCCCUAUAAUACAUCCUGUUAUGCCCCAGAUUUGUUUUUUACAUGUACCUCGGUUUUAGAACUUUUUCCUUGUUUUGUAUCAGAAGUUUCCCUUGGUUUCAUUUUGUUUACCUCUUUGCUUCCUUUGUUUUACAUCAACCGUGCUUUUUACACUGAGAAUGAUUUGAAAUUUUGCAUAAGUUAUUGUUUUCAAAUGCAGCCCUUGCAGGAGCAUUUAAUAACAUUAGUUGAGGGAAGCAAAAAGAGUGUAUUGUGGGAAAUUUCGAAAUCAAGAAUAGGACAAACCAGAAAAGUUGCCGCACAUACAUUAUGUUGACUUUUUGUUUCUUUCUAUUUCUGGUGAUAGUUUGGAUGAUAUCAGUAAAGUUGUUCAGUUUCAAUAUCGUAGUUUGACCCAGAUCAUUUUUAAAAUGAGCCAAUUAAAAAUGCCGCGUGGGACAUGUGACCCACUUUGACUAAUUUCUAGAUUGAACACUGUAUACUUAAGACUGUCAUUCUUAGAGAAAGAUUUGCAUUUAUUACAUGCAAAUCUUCACCUAAGAAAGACAGUCUUAAGUAUUUUGAUCUGCUGAGUCAUCAUUUUCAUGAUAUAUGGCCAUCCCACCAUUAUGGCCAAAUUCUUACAGCCCAUAUAAUUAUAAAAGUGGCUCUUUUAACAGGUCCUUGUAAGCCAUAGAUGAAUAAUUAAGCUGAAACUGAUGUUUUAUUUUUUCAGAGCCAGUUGCUGUGCGAGAUGGCCGCUAUGUAGUGAGAGGUCACGUGGUGGAAGUGAGAGAUGGGAAGCAGGUGGCACGUGCCACAUUACAGGACACCCAACUUAGGCAACAGCAGGGUGGAGUAGAACUACAGUCUUGGAGAAGUGAAAUGCUACCAAAGUACGAAUUUCCGUCAAGACUUAACGAACAUUUCAAUGGUGUUACUAACGGUGGAAUUUUGUAUGCAAUGAAUAGUUUGGGAAACGAAGGAAAGCUAUAUUCUUCACAGCCAGGUUUUGACCCAUAUGGUCCACCUGGGAACCGACUGGGCCUUGAAGCAGAGGGAAAAAUGGGUGGAUUGACAGAGAAUGGCUCUGUAAGCGAUACGCUGACAGUAGAAGAGCAAGAGAGGUUGCGAGCAGAUGCCAUUGCAAAGGGUGGACCAAAGCUCGCGUUUAUUAACGACGAGUCACAAAAGGAACCUCCUGAAGGAGCUUUACCAUGUAUCAUGGGAAGGGACUCUCCUGGAGGGAGCGUCACUAGCUUAGAUAGCCUUGAUGAGGUUCUUAACAAAGGCCAAGAGUCAGGUGCCAUUAGCAGGGCUGGAAUCAUAUCAAAAGGAAGUAAAGAUGUAUCCAAGUUUGCUGGAAAGAGAAGGGUCACAUUUUCUGACAGCAUCGAGUUUGAUGAUGGCUUAACAGGGCAGCUUGUCACCGAGGAAAAGCAAAGUACAAAGGUUUAUACAAUGUUGUACGCUCGAAAUGUUAAUAACUAUUAUAGCAUGCCGCCAUCCACGAGUUCUGCUUCAACGUCAGCAAAAUCCGUAGCAAGCCAGAAGGGAACUAAAAAUGCUGCGGUGACAUCAGUGGAACAAACGCUGACGGAGAAAAAUGAUACCAGCGCAGCAUUUAGUGCGGUGAAGUCUGUCGAUAGGGAGCCAUCAGUAGUGACUGUUGUACACAGUGAUCAGCCAAAAGCUAAACCUGUUGCUGUUGUGAGUCAUCGCCUAGCCAAACCUGAGACGACACAGUUUUCUUUAAGGCAGGAGAAUGUUGCAAAAGGAAUACCAUCAGGGCAAGAGACUUACAGUAAAGACACGGACAAACCUGUGGAUGAAGCUAAUUUUGUUAGUGGUCAGUCGCUCAAUGACAGCCUAGAGAUCAUCAGAGACAGCUUGGAUGAGAAGGAGAGCUCUUCUGUGGCACGGCAAGACGACGAGGAAUGUAGUAAUGAGAGUGCGGUGACCUGGACUAUAGGCAGAUCAUCAUUGAGAGACUCUCUUGAAAGAUACGUGAAAAGUACCGCGGAAAGCACUGCGGAAGAACUUACUGAUGAAGCUUCAUGUAAUGAUGGUCGAGGUAACGAGAGGGAUAAUGGCUUUGCUCCUAAUCCAUCAGAAGAGUACAAUAGAAGUUUACCCCCUCAUCUCACCAGUGAUACGGCUGGAGUGGCUGUCGUUGGCUCCAGAGAGGAGACGGUGAAAGGUUUUGUUUCUAAACCUCUAGAGGGCAAGGGAUCUGGUUAUCUCAAUUCAGGAUACGUGUCACAUCCAUCUCCAGUCUUAUCUUCAUACCAACAUUAUCGACCUGUUAACUCCAGUCCAGCCCCUGCUGUGUUCACUUCUCCGUACGCUUAUCAACAAAAUGCAAAUGCAUUCAGCGGUGUGCAGUCCCAGGGAACAUUGCAUCAGAACUUCCCUUAUACUUUCUCCACCAGUGCUGGAUUAAUGGGAAUGAGCCCAGCAAGGCAAGAGCACGUGAGUUUGGAGAGCACACCCAUUCCGUAUGCUUCGCAGCUUGCUGCAACAGAUUAUCGUGUUGUGGGUAGAGAGGUCGUGCAGUCAGUCACGUCCCAGAACAAUCAUGUCCUAGCCUCAUCCUCUUCUAUCGGGCAUGCUGCAAACAGAGUUAACACUGACCCAGCAGGUGCUACAGGAGUGAAAACAACAGGAACAUCGGCUGUUGAAGUACAAACUGAAAGGAGUAGCGCUGUUACUUCUAGAAAAAAGCAUUCGUCGUCACCUUCAUCGACUGCAUCAACCUUCUCAUCAGGACGUCGGUCUCCAAGGUCGUUCAUUCCAAGACCUCCAGCCACGAAAAAAUCUGGCAGAGGUCGCGUGUAUCCAGGUGGUCACUACAGAAAACAAAUCACUGCUCGUCCACGGAAGGCGGCAGUCAACAGCUCCCCUGUGACAGCAGGUGGUGGACAAGCAGUGAAAUCUAAGAGAAUGCUUACUAAUAACAACGGCGUUAACCAGACGGAACAUGGUGUCGGAAGGCGCAACUCACCUUCACCAAGAUCAGGGAAAGGCAAGAGUGGGAGGACUCAACCGAAGCGAUCAAACAGCAGUGAAAGUGAGAGUCCUGAUCAUGAUGGUAUUAUUGAAGGAAUAAAGCGCAACAUGGAGAUGAUGAACAUGAGAGCAAGAACAACAGCGGCCGAGGAGCAACAUCGGAGGAUUUUGGAUUCUCUGAGGUUGGACUUUGGUGACGAGAAGCACGACAAGUCGUCCCCGCAGGCAUAUCCUGUUCAUGGAGCGCCUUACGGAGAGAAUAACGGCGUGGUCGAGAAAAUUGUUGUAAAACACGAUGGCACCACUCGACGAGUCCACCAUCCCCGUGUGGGUUCAGCGGGGUCUCGUUCAGGCAGACCCUCUGCAGGUGGAACUACCAGAAUGGAUUCCGGUGAAAGCAGCUAUAAACUAAGUGGGUCUCAAGGAGAGAGACCUGCAGGCAGCAACAUGAGAGUGGAUGCUACUAAUGGUGCACAUUAUCAACCAACUGGCUUCCGAGGUAGCAGACCUCCCUCUGGCCCUAACACCAGGCUCGAUUCUGCCAGUGCCGGUUACUACCAUUCAGUUUCAUCAAGAGAAGGAAGACCUCCUGUGGGUAAAGGCGUCAGGAUGGAUUUUGUCAAUGACAACUACCACUCCGGUUUCGAUGGAUAUUCUAGGAGUGGAAGACCAGUAGGAACUGAAGCAAUAGCUGUGCAAACAGUUCCUGAAGAUGGUUUCGAAGGAAUAAUUCAAAGACCUGCUCCAGUUUUAAGUCAACGGCAGAUCUACCAGGAAGGGAGACACGAUUACCCAACAUCAAGUGUUGCUCAUCCCAUUACACGGCAAGACCGCGAACAGCCCGUACAGGCAGGAGACGUUAAUUUGUAUGGAAGGGAGGCCAGCGACCUUAAUAGGUCUAUAUCUUUGGAGAAAACACCCACAGAUGAUGAAAUUAACCAUCUUUGGGCGCACGUUCGCUCUUACCUUCAUAGCGGAAGUAAAAAAUCUGUGGGUUCAGACUCGUGCGUUAACAGAGUUGACGUACGCCGUUCUAGGACGCGGUCUAGUUCAACGCAGCGGGAGUUUGUUCAGCCCACUGCCCCGCAGCAAAACACACGAGGGAGCCAGGUAAGCCAGCCUGGGCAACAAUUUCUUGGACUGCCUCCCCAAGCUGGCGGUAGUACGCUUGGAGGGCUGCGUCGAUAUGGCUCUCAUGAGGUUCUCAGACGGGACAGCUCUUCAGAAAGUCUGUCAAUUAAGAGGCCGCCAUUGCUGCAGCACCGUGCUUCAAGAAACAGGCGAUUCCAGGGUCAAAAUGGCAGACCGCCAUUACCGAGACAGAACGAGCAUAAGCCGUUACCGAGUCAGGCUGGACCCAGUGCGUCAGUAUCUACUAGAGGUAACUUAAUUCAAUUUUCGUACAACGUACCACCCACUGUUGUACCAUUUUGUGACAGCUAGCAGUAUAGCUUUUGACUAGUGGCCAAGAAUGUGUGGUAACUUGAAUAGCAAUUAAGCAAUUUUUACCCAAGUAAUCAAGAGAGCGUCUCAUGGCAUGCACGCGAUAUAGUUCAUUGCCGCAAGAUUUUCAUCAACAUGCGUGUGAAACGCUUUGUUUGUUAUAGUUGGAGGCCCACAGCCAUUGUCGCCAGCUGAAAUGCAAGCCGUGAUGAUAGCCUCUGAGAAAGAAAUGCUUCACAGACACCAACAAGCGGAGUUUGCUGAGAUGCCGUCUUAUCAACAGUUCCAAGGUGCGCCGAGCAGCAGGGCAGGUUAGUAAGCCCACCAUUUUUCACUGCUUAGCUAUACCUUAUCUCACAGUAGCCUCCAUAAUCUCUGUCACCUGUGGUGUGAUGUAAUCUAAUAAGUACCUGAUCUCUGUUGUGUUACUUUAUAAUCCGUUUACCGUUUGUCGAUAGCUUUGCUUCAGCCAGAACCAUCUCCGCCCAAAUUUAGGCCAGUUUCUAGUUGUCCCAAACCUCUGUUUCAAAGCAAGGCUAAGUUCGAAGCUAUUGAUCAGUUAUAGAAACGAUUUUCUAUUCUCAUGCAAAUAAAACUCAUUCUCAUAAGAAAGGUUUUACUUAGCCUCGCUUUCAAAGUGAGAGUGUUUGGAACUCGGAACAGGCCUAUUCCCGCAGUUCCCGCAGCCUUGCAGAGAUGUAGUAAGUAUUGCGCCAGUGAACAAUUUUCUUAGUCUUGUUUUGCUUUUAUUGUAAGGUCCCAGUGCUCUCUCACUGGAGGAGCAGAGGUUACUGCAGUCUUUGGAUCGUUUGAACGAAAGGCUCAGAGGUAUUGUUGAUUUUACAGUAAGGAACCCAAAAGAGUGA